GUCACUUUGCAUUGCCAGCUGUUAUUACAGGAGAAAACCGAACAAUCAAUCGAUAAAACGUUCGCUGUUUCUGCGAAUUGAUUGUACAAUGGAGCCAAGCGUGGACGAUUUGUUGUCUUUCAAGGAGUUUCCUUUGAUCCAGGAAGGUAAUUCGAAUAGUGCGCAGCUAAACAUUGAUUCGCCAAAGAAAGUAUCUCCCAAUCGCGAGUCUCCAUCUGAGGAAGAAAACACUACCACUCCUAAAGGACUGUCUAUGCUAAGUUUCGAGUUCUAUCAAAAGUUCUUCGAUGUUGAUACGAUGACCGUGGUAGAUCGAAUAGCAACCUCAAUCAUUCCAAAACGGGCUCCGUCAGAUUAUCUGAAGUUAAACAUCGCCACUAAUCCGGAUCUGUAUGGCCCAGUGUGGAUCGUGAUAACAUUGAUUUUUACUAUUGCCAUCUCUGGUAACAUGGCGAGUUAUCUUCAAAAUAGUGGCAAUCAUCAUUGGCGGUAUAAUUUCCACCUUGUGUCCGUUUCUGCGACUGUAAUCAUCGUGUAUACGAGCUUAGUACCAUUUGCGUUAUGGGCCCUGCUCAAAUGGAGCGUCCGUCCGGACGAUUUAGAUAUAGAGGAGCAAACUGAUACCCCUAGCCUUCUUUCCUUAGUGUGUGUUUAUGGUUACUCGUUGGCGAUCUACAUUCCGGUUUCGAUUUUGUGGACCAUUCAGAUAUCCCUUUUUCAAUGGCUCCUGGUUGCAACGGCUACCUUUCUAUCCGGCUUUGCCUUGCUUUGGGUACUGAUGCCAGCGAUAAGGUCGUCUAAAUAUUCCAUCUUUAUAACUCCGGCUAUCGCAUUAAUUCAUUUCGUGCUGGCCGCUGGAUUCAUGUUGUACUUUUUUCAUCCAUCCAAUUCGAUCGAUACCGUGAAUACGGUGGACCAACUGAAAGCGACAGUUGCAUCAGUUAUCGCACAUAAAAAUGCUUCCAAUACUCAGUAAUGGAAUAAAGUCAAUGGAAUGAUAAAA